CGUCAUUGUGCCGUAACAGUAACAGGGCCGUAGAGCUCCCACCACUAUUUGCGACCCGUCCAGCACCCUUUUGACAUAUAUCUGCGUCCCCCACACUCACGGAGUCACUUGUUCACAUAGAAAUUGGGACUGGGACUGAGACUACUGGGACGGACUGAAUCACCAUGGCACCAGGAAUUGCGUCUGCGAAAGUGACGCUCUCAUAUCCCCUCUACGCUUGCGACUUCGACCCCAAUGAUCCAACACGGCUUGUGGUAGCAGGAGGCGGCGGCGCGGGCAAGAAUGGAGUCGGGAAUAAAAUUACAGUCCUCGACGCCUCAGAACCCGACAACCUUGGAGAAAUCGCCGAAGCAGAACUCAGCAAAGAGGAGGACAACCCCACGAGCUUGGCCGUGAGCAAGACCGUCAGUGGCUUCACGUUCAUUUACGCUGGUGUCAACUCGAGCACCAAGGAUGUGGAGAAGGGUAACAACGAGCACUUCCGCGUCUAUGCGCUCGGCAAGAAGCAGAAGAAGGGCAGCCCGAUAAUCCAAGAGGUUUCGCGGGAACAGCUCUUCAAGUCAAACGACAAGGCGACAUACCAGCGACUAUUGAGGUUGUCGCGACCGUCGGAGAAUGGCGUCCAACUCGGCGUUGUCGCGACGGGCUUCGCAAACCCCUCCAGGCUUGCUAUCUUCGACACAGCAGAUGGGAAGAAGAGCUUGAGCCCCCGCGGGGUCCUCGAGCUGGAUAGGGAGGCAGAGGAUGUGGAUGUCAUCCAGACUGGCCCAGAGGAGUACCGUGUCGCAUACUGCGACAACCACAGCAUCUUCCUCAAGACCAUCUCUCCCAAAGCGGAGCUCGAAGACGCCAUCCCAAUAUAUGACAUGCCUGGCGCCAUCGGCGAGCGCGAACCCGGCUCCGAGCCACCUUCCUCAUUCCGCUCCCUCCGCUUCCUCACCCCCAACUUCCUCGCCGUCCUGAUCAACAAACCCGCCCGCACCGGCGCCCAAAUCCGUAUUCUGCGCAUCACGCUCGAGCCCACAGGUUACGUAGCCAACCCAGCACAGACGCUCUUCCUACCCAAGAAAGUAACACAGGCAACUGGCCUCGCCGUCGCGAACCUGAAUCCCCCGCCGAUAGCGGGUGGUGUACAGGAUAACGCACACUUCGUGCUUGCGGCUGCCGACCAAGCCUCCAUCUCGAUCGCGACAUUGACCCACGAGGUCGCUCACACGGUCACGUUCAUGUCCACACCAAAGCUCUUGACGCGCGUUGAAGACGUACACCCAAUGCAAAUCACCGGUCUGGCAUUCGCUCCAUUCACCCCAACGGAGAAGGAAGGCUCAGCUCAGACGCUGCGUCUGGCCAGCGUGAGCGUAGGCAACACAGUCGUCGUGCAAUCCCUCCCCAUCUCCUUCUCACAAGAAAAGAAGCAAUACCAAGUCGCCCUCAAACCCGCCAGCAAAGCUCCUGAGUUUGGGGUCCGCAACGCCAUCUCCGUCCUGGCCAUCGUCGCCAUUGCCGUCCUCCUCCAAACCAUCCUCGAGCUGGGCGGCCACAGCCCCCCUGUCCUCCGCGCGGAAGAGCGCCUCCCAGCUACCAUCCGCAACUAUCUCACCACCCGUGAGCCGGCCCACUGGCAGCAUCCGAAUGAGGGUGCGAGCAGCGGUGGUGCGGCGACCUACGAGGCGUUCGCGGAUCACCCCGUUGCAUCGCUCCUGGCGGCGCUACGCUCGGAAGCCGCAGAGGGGCAGCCGAUUGUGAUAAGGCCGGCGGUUGGGGAGCGUGGGGCAGACGCAGAGACGGAAAAGCUUGCCACCUUCAACGCCGGGGAUGAGGAGGGUGCAAGGGAGGAGAUCGAGCGGGAUAUCAAGGCAGGUGCUAGGGCCCCGAUUGAUGCCCGUCUGCACGAUGAGGAGGAGCAUGGCCCGCAUGACGGGCGGACGUGGGAGGAGCUUGGGGAGGAGCAGAAGAAGGCCUGGGAAAAGAGGCUGAGGGAGAUGGGACAUUGGGCGGGGGAUCUUCCGGAGACGCUGUUCAAGGGGGUCUUGUUCAGUGAGAUUGCUGGGGCGGUGGGAAGGGGGAUUGCUGGGAUGUGAGGAGGGAUAGGGAUAUUGUAUACGGCCGUAUUGUGUGUAGUAUUUUUGUGUAGGUAAAUGGAUAUACAUGUGUUUCAGUUCUGUACUACUCCUCUCUUCUCGGGCAUGUCAUUCUUCGCGCAUUCCCCUUCGGCGGGCGCACCUCCUUUCGCCACAUCCACUGCCAGUCUUCAAAAGAGUUGGAAUCCCAAAACAAGCCCAUCGAUGCAGCAUGGAACUUACGCGUCUAUCAUGCACUUUAUCUCAGCAAUAUCGUCCAUCUCCACGCUCAGCUGCUCGGUCUUGCACUGGUACUCCCAAAGCGCCUUCCUCCUUUUUCCUGUGGCGUGCCGGUAUUUCUUCUUGACGUCCAUGGUGAACAAGGCCACCUCGUGCAUCUCGCCCCAUUUCGAGCGUAUUCUGCAGGUUUCGUAGUACUCGGUGCGGUUUGCGAUGUCGACGGCGAGGAGUUUGUGGACUCCGGAGAAAAGCGUUCUUGACUAUGGAUAUCGUUAGUUCUUGGCUAUGUUUUUGAUAGAGUGGAU